GAAUUGGUGACCUAGUAGCAUGUUGGAAUAAUCAAAUGUGUGGUACCGUGGCUUUUUGCCUGUCUAUCAGCUUCUAGUUUAAGUAGGCAAAAUACGCGUGCAUGGGAAAAUGUCUGAAGGAGACCAAGGAGUCACUGUAGAAAAGGAUGUUGAUGUUAAGAAAGAUUCUUCAUCAGGUCAAACCAAGAAGAAAGACAAAAAGAAACCUGGAAAAGACCAAAAAAGCACCAAGGAUGACCUAAAAGAGAAGAAGCUAUCGAAGCAUGUUGCAAAGAUAAAAGAAGACCUAGCCAGGCAAAGAGAAGAGGAGGAAAGAUUGAAGCGUGAACAGGAAGAGGAAUUACGACGUCUUGAAGAGGAGCGUCUGAAGGAAGAAGCCAUUCUCGCCAGGGAACGAGAACUAAAACUGAAGAAGAAGCAGAAGGAAAAAGAACGUAAACAACGUCUAAAGGAAGAGGGAAAGUUUCUUACUGACAAACAAAAGGAGGACCGGCGUAAAGUUAUGGAGUUACUACAGGCACGCGGUAUUGAGAUUCCAGAUGAGAAGUCAGAUGUUAAGAAAAAGCCACAGUAUGCGAAACUCAAGAAGCGCCCUACACAGGUGAAAAAAGACGAAGCUCAGGAGGUGCAACAAGUUUUGACCAAUGAAGACCCUGAGAUGUCAAAUGAAGAGCUAAGUUGCUGGGAAAUGUUAGCGGAUACCCACCUAAAAACUCCAAGUGAAGAGAGUUCUGAGGAAACUGAAGACUACUUGAUCAUUGAACAAAAACCCAGUCAUUCGGAAUCAACGGAAGCAUCUACCAUUAAUGAUGUAGAAUUACCUGAAGAAGAAAAGGCUAGACUUAUAGAACUAGCUAAAAUUCGCAUAAAGGAAUCUCAUGAAGCAUAUGAAGCUCAGCGUAGUGAAAAGAAUCUACGAGCUGGAGUUAUCUGUGUGUUAGGACAUGUUGAUACUGGGAAAACUAAGAUCUUGGAUAAGUUAAGGAAUACUCAUGUUCAGGAUCGAGAAGCUGGUGGUAUUACCCAACAAAUCGGUGCAACUAAUGUUCCACUGGAGAAUAUACAAUUGGCUACUCGAAUGUGCCCUUACCUAAACCAUUCAGAGUUACGUUUACCUGGGCUACUCAUAAUUGAUACUCCUGGUCACGAGUCGUUCAGUAAUCUACGUGUACGUGGAUCAUCUUUAUGUGAUAUAGCAAUUUUAGUUGUCGAUUUAAUGCAUGGAUUAGAAGAGCAAACAAAAGAGUCAAUUAAAAUUUUACGAUCACGAAAAACACCAUUUAUAGUGGCUCUUAAUAAAGUUGAUCGACUUUAUGCAUGGAAGUCUAAUCCUGAAGUUUGUAUUGAAGAAGUAAUGAAAACACAAAGUAUUAUGACUCAAAAUGAUUUUUCGGAUCAUUUAAAAAAAGUGUUUCAAGAAUUCGCAAUGAUGGAAUUAAAUGUAGAAUUAUUUUAUAAAAAUACUAGACCUGAAGAAUUCGUCAGUAUGGUGCCAACAUCUGCACAUACAGGUGAUGGGAUGGGUGAUCUUCUUUCAUGUUUAUGCCUAUAUUUACAAAAUAACCAAAGCAAACGGUUAGCCUACACAGAAGAGUUGAGUGCUUCAGUUAUGGAGGUUAAAGAAAUUCAUGGUUUAGGCACUACAAUCGAUGCAAUUAUUGUUAAUGGCCGAUUACAUGAAGGUGAUACUAUUGUUUUAGCUGGUCAAGAAGGUCCUAUCUGUACACAAAUUCGUGGUAUACUUCAGCCUGCACCUAUGUCUGAGCUUCGUGUCAAAGGAACCUACACUCAUUUAAAGGAGGUUCAAGGAGCUCAAGGUGUGAAAUUAAUUGCCAAGGAUUUAGAGAAAGCAUUAGCUGGUCUACCACUUUAUGUGGCGAAUGGAUUAUCAGAAGAAUUGUAUUACAAGGAAGAAGUAUGUCAUGGUUUGAAAAGCGCUCUAAAGGCUAUAUCUGUCACUCCAUUGGGUGUGUAUGUUGUCGCCAGUACACUUGGAUCAUUGGAGAGUUUAUUGGUUUACUUAAAAUCCAUUGAUAUACCAUAUUCAGGUAUCAAUAUUGGUACAGUGCAUAAAAAAGAUGUCAUGAAAGCUUCAGUAAUGUGUGAACGUGAACCAAAAUGGGCUGUAAUAUUGGCAUUUGAUGUACGCGUUGAUAAAGAUGCUCAAAAGUUGGCUAGUCAAUUGAAUGUGAAAAUUUUCACCUCAGAGAUUAUUUAUCGUUUACAAACUCAAAUGGAAAAGUAUAUGGAGGAUUUAAAGACUGGUAAUCAACGUAAACAUCGUGAUCUAGCUGUAUUCCCGUGUAAAUUACGUAUCCUGCCUGAAAUGAUAUUCAAUAAACGUGCACCAAUUGUUAUCGGUGUUCGUGUUGAAGCUGGUGUAGUACGUGUCGGUACACCAAUAUGUGUACCUAGUCGUGAAUGUGUCAAUUUAGGACGUGUCUUCUCAAUUGAAUCUAAUCAUAAACCUGUUGAAGAAGCGCGUACUGGAAUGGAGGUUUGUGUACGCAUUGAUCCAGCUGAUGGGGAAACACCGAAACUGUAUGGUCGUCAUUUUGAUCUCAAUGAUUUGCUAGUAUCAAAGAUUAGUCGAGAAAGCAUUGAUGUGAUGAAGGAAUACUUUCGUUCAGAUUUGAAGAAAGAAGAUUGGAAGCUAAUGAUUGAAUUAAAGGAGACAUUGGAUAUCUCAUAGUUCACCGUUUGUUGUAUGAUGUUUUGUUAAACACCCCCUAGACCCACCCCUUCCUAUUGUGUCAAUUUGUUUUACUGACAAUUCUCUACGGCCUUUUUUCAUGUUUUGAUCUUUCUCUAUUCAUUCUAAUGUUGUUAAACUUGUUCCACCAGCUUGUUGAAGGUUCCACUUGAUUACUUGGCAUAACUGUGGGCACCAUGUUUACCUCUUGGACAUUGAAUAGGUGUUUAUUCAAAGUACUACCAUUACUAUUAGUUGGUUGGUUUUGCUCUUGUGUAUAGAAGUUAUAUCCAUAUAAUAUAUAUA